UUUCUACAAGCUGCUGCUUCUUCUUCUUCCUCUUCCAUAGAAAUCAGAGGGGAGAAAUAAAUCCGAGAUUUAAGCUUUUCCCAUGGCGGUUUCCUCUUCAGUUUCGUCUCUGUUACAUGCCCCGACUGGGAUUCUCUCCGACCGCUCUCCGACGCCGUGUUGUUCCAUCAGAUCCUCUUUUCCUCCUUCUUCCUCGCCGACCGCGCUUCUCCCUGUCCGAAGACGCCGUCGCUUGACUUCCACUUUGCCAGAGAGGUGGAACCUUGUCGUGAGGUCGGCGGUCGGUGAGGUGUCCUUCAGCGAGGCUAAAUCCGGAGAAGAGAAGAGCCAACGAAUUGAAUCGUUGAAACUCAAUUUGCUGAGUGCUGUUUCGGGAUUAAACAGAGGUCUUGUGGCGAAUGUUGAUGAUCUAGAAAGAGCUGAAACCGCUGCGAAGGAACUGGAAUCUGCGGGUGGAUCAGUGGAUCUCUCGACUGAUCUGGACAGGCUCCAAGGAAAAUGGAAGCUUCUGUAUAGUAGCGCGUUUUCGUCCCGUUCGUUAGGUGGAAGCCGUCCUGGUCUUCCCACCGGACGCUUGAUCCCUGUUACUCUUGGCCAGGUGUUUCAAAGGAUUGAUGUUUUGAGCAAAGAUUUCGACAACAUAGCCGAGGUUGAAAUCGGUGCUCCAUGGCCUUUCCCACCCGUCGAAGUCACCGCAACUUUGGCUCACAAAUUCGAACUCAUAGGUACUGCGAAGAUCAAGAUUAUAUUCCAGAAAACAACUCUGAAGACCUCGGGAAAUUUAUCGCAGCUUCCACCGUUCGACAUACCGAGGCUUCCAGAUACGUUCAGGCCGCCUUCAAACCCCGGGACCGGAGACUUUGAGGUGACUUAUCUUGACGACAGCAUGCGCAUAACAAGGGGAGACAGAGGCGAGCUUAGGGUUUUUGUCAUCGCGUGAACAAACCAUGCAAUGGACGUUCCAAGUGAUAUACAUGGUUUGAGUUUGUACAAAUUGUGUUGAAUCAACAAAUAAAUUGAAUAAAGUGUGCAUUCUUCCCGACAA